UGAAACCACAGCGCUCCACCGUUUCAUUUCUUGUUUUAUUUCCUAUUUUAAAUCUUUUUUCAAAAUUAAACCAAGUGACAAUUAAGUUGUCUGCAGCCGCCUACAGGACAGAGGACUGUCUCUCUCCCUCUCUCUCCCUCUCUCUCUGUCUCUCUGAAGCUGAAUUUAUUUUGAAAGUUGGAUUACAGCGGAGUCAGGAGGAAAUAUUGUCUGCCAGAUGCUGCUCAGAAAAUGAGCAGCAGUGAAGUACAGAUUGGGGAAAUCAGCGGAAUCCCGUGCUGUCAACGGCAGUGUGCCGAGCGUAGAUAAGCCCCCUUAUGAGGUGAAAAUCCUUCCCCGUCCUGCAGUAUCCCCUCCCAGCACCAACAGCAGGAAUAAGGGAUGUCACGGCUGUUCCUCCUUUCGGCAAUACUGAUUGUCUCCUGCAGCACAGAGGUGUCUCCUGCUGCUUUUCUGGAUAAACUGAAGGAGAGUUGGGAAUUGUACAUGGAGGAGUGUCACCGCAACAACAGUCAAGACCCGCCAAGCAGCGGCCUCGUGUGCAACAGGGAAUUUGAUAACUAUGCCUGUUGGCCUGAUGGACUUCCCAACACUACUGUCAGUGUGUCGUGUCCGUGGUAUCUGCCAUGGUACCAUAAAGUUCAACAUGGCAUGGUGUAUCAGGAAUGUGAUGCAAACGGCCAGUGGGUGCCUAUGAAGAAUACCAGCGAGUGUGACUCUAUAGAUCCAACUCUGCAGUACUACGGCCACAUUCGGAUCAUGUACACAGUGGGCUAUUCCUUAUCACUGGUGGCUUUGGUUCUGGCGCUUGGCAUCCUCAUUUUUUUCAGGAAACUGCACUGCAUGAGGAACAACAUCCACAUGAAUCUGUUUGCCUCUUUCAUCCUGCGAGCGCUGUCUAUCCUCAUCAAGGACGCUCUGUUGGAGGCAAACAUCACAUCACAGGACCUCAGCAGUGACCAGGAGCAGGGAUUCCCCCGGGCAUCUAUGCCUCCGGUGGAGCUGCUGGUCAACAAUGAGACUGCAGUUGGCUGUCGCAUCGCGAUGGUGAUGAUGCAGUACAGUAUCAUGGCCAACAGCUACUGGCUGCUGGUGGAAGGCAUCUACCUCCACAACCUCCUGGUCAUCACCGUGUUUACAGAGAGGAACUACUUUAAAAUCUACCUGUGCAUUGGCUGGGGUACCCCGUUAAUAUUCCUCGUGCCCUGGAUGGUAGCUAAAUACCUAUAUGAAAAUCAAGAGUGUUGGUGGCAAAAUAUAAACAUGAAUUACUGGUGGAUCAUCCGCUCUCCAAUACUGCUGGCAGUUGUGAUCAACUUCCUCAUCUUUAUCCAUAUCAUUAAAAUUCUGGUGUCAAAACUUCGAGCGCAUCAAAUGAGAUACACAGAUUACAAGUUCAGGUUGGCUAAGUCGACUCUCACCCUGAUCCCUCUGCUGGGCAUCCAUCAGGUGGUCUUUAUCUUUGUCACAGACGAGUCCACCAAAACCAGCAUCGGACUGCGACUCACCAUACUCUUCGGCGACCUCUUCUUCUCCUCCUUCCAGGGUCUCUUGGUGGCCAUAUUGUACUGCUUUGUCAACAAAGAAGUGCAGUCGGAGAUCCUGAAGAUGUGGAAGCGCUGGAAGCUCGGGAGGAACAUCGAGGAGGAGUACCGACACACCUACAGCAAUACCCCCAACACCAAGACAGCUAGCCUGUUGAACCAUGUCCCUCGACUGCCUCACCUCCCAGACAUAGCCAAAACCUCUUCCCCAGUCUGCAGCCCCGAGGAGACACACAUGCUUGUGGGUGGAUGUCACAAUGGUAUGGUUCACAGUAAGGAGGAGGGCCAAUGCACUUCCCCACAUCAUGAGGGAACCCUCAGCAACUGCACCCUACUGGAGGACCUUACGGACAAGGUGCACUGUUACGAGGGUCAGAGAGAGAACGUGGAGAGCAACCUGUAAAAGGAGCUGGGAACAAGAAUUUGAUGAAGAAAGUUGGAGGGCCUUGAGCUCUCAUCUGGCCUCAUACUGCCUUGAGUGGCAGUAACGGAGGGGGCUGAUGGACUCAUCUGUCAGAGUGGUCUUUGCCCAGAGAUCGGUGUCAGCGGGAGACCGAGCAGCCCUCUCCGCAGCCUGAGAGCGGAGGCGACAGACUCCCGCGCUGAGAUGUCUAACGUAUUGUGAGCCUCGUUAAUGGAUUUCUGUAGAUGUUUAUCG